AUGUUGCCGUCCCAGCAGAGUUGGAGUUACGAGCCGGAGGAGUCGACUCCGAUGCCAGUGAUGGCAUUGUGCAUGGUCCCCGCGGAUCAGAUGCAGAUGCCUUUUGCCCAGAACGUGGGCUUCCACCCAGUCCUUGCGAAUCCGACCACCAACUGGUGGCAGCAGCUGCCAGUGCAGCAAAUGUCGCAGGUGACACAGCCGAUGGCGGUACAGCACGUGCUGCAGGCAGCACCGAUGCCGCUGCUGCAACCUAUGCAGCCCAUGCAGCAGAUGCCACAGCCUGUGCUACAAACGUUGUGUCCAGCCUCGGAAGUUCCGUUGGAUGAGAGCUGGGGCUACGCAUGCACGCCCGAGCAGUGCUGCCAGGCUCAAGGCUCCGACGCAUCCGUGGCAGAGGUUUCCACAGCCUCGUCGGAGGCAUCCCCACGGGUCGAAAAGGCUGAAGACAAAUUCCAAAGCCCUGCCCAUGCCCAGACCUCGGCCUCGGCGGCCAGGCGUCUUCGCCGAAAGCGCGCCGCAGAGCGCAAGGCCAAGGCGGGCGCUGAUGAUCUGGCUCGCGACUUUGAGUCCAGACGCUUUCGCUUGGAUGAUCUCAAGCACCAUGUGGAGCAGGGCUCUGACGUGCACCAGUUGAUAGGCCACGUCUGGCCGUUGUCUCAGGACAAGGAAGGCUGCCGUUUGGUGCAAAUGGCCCUGGAGAAGGCUGGUCGUGAGACGGCCACCAUGGCAUUGGAGCUGCGCGGCCACAUCCUGGAAGCCGUCAAGCAUCCCCAUGCAAACUACGUUGUCCAGAAGGCUAUUGCGCAGCUCUCCGUGGGAAGCUCCGCCUUCAUCGUGCAGGAGAUCCAUGGUUCUGCCGCGAUUGUGGCGAAAAACCGCAUGGGCUGCCGCACAUUGUGCCGCCUUCUGGAGUUCUGCAGCACCAGCCCUCAGGUUGGCAACCUCAUGGACGAGCUGAUUCCGGAAUUGUCGGACCUGUGUUGCCACUCCUUUGCACAUCACGUUAUCCAGUCGGUCCUGGAGCAUGGUGAGGAGCGGCACAGGCACUUGAUUGUCCAGACCCUGCUUGCAGAUGUUAUGAGCUUCGCCAUGCACAAGAACUCCAGCUACCUAAUGGAGAAGGCUCUCUCUAACUGCAGCGCCGAGGAUCAGGUAGCCAUGAUCCACGCCUUAAACCUCAAGCGCCUGCUUGAGUUGGCGAAGACUCAGUACGGCCGCCAUGUGGCAAAGACUGUGCUGCAGGAUCGGCGCUGGUAUGCGGCCUCGGAGUUCGAGCAGCUCAUCCAAGCCUGGAAAACUGAGCUUGCAGCAGACCGCUUUGGCUUCCUGUUCCUCAAGGACAUGGACAAGUCCUCGCACGAGUGA